AUGGGAGAUGCCGAGGACGCGCAGUUGAACGGGUUUCAACAGAUUGCCGAGUUUAACUCCGCUACGUAUCUGUUGUGUUUCUUCCACGUGCUCUAUAACGUCCGAAAUCGGACUCGGCACUUGUCACCGAAUCACCGGAAGGCAGUGACAGAAGGAAUUAUGCGAAUUCACUACACCGCUGAUAUGAACACUUACUACGAGGAAAAGGAGAAAGUACUAGACGAGUGGAAAAUGGUGCCGCAGCUGACGUCCUUUGUCGCGUACUUCACAAACCAGUGGUUAGAAAACAGAUAUUAG